AUGUAUAAGAAUUAUGAAAAUAUGUGGGAAUAAAAUUAAAAUAACUUUCAAAUUAUGCUUCCAUAAUUAACAAAUAGAUUGAGAAAAGAUUUUUUUUUUAUCCUUGAAUUUCCAAAAUUUUAUAUAAGAACUUAAGAUAAUCAAAGAAAUUAAAUGAUUAUGGAAGUAAAUUUAUAAAUUAAUGAUCAAUCUAUAAACAAAAACAUUUGUAAAUAACAAAAUAAAGAAGAUUUAGAAAUUCAGAAAUAAUAUUAUAGAAUGAUUGUUAAAGAAAUUAUUAUAGAUCAAGCACGAAAAGCAUGUGAAUAAUAUAAAUUUGAAAAGGUUUAAGAUAAAAUUCAUUAAAUGAUACCUGAUUUAAGAUUUAAUUUAAGUUAAAUAAACUACUGAAGAA